UGCCUAACAGUCUAAUGUAUGGAACCAUAAAGAGAGGUAGCUAUAGGAACACAAACAUCUGAGAAAUAUUUUGGGAAAAUGUCGGGUGCAGAAGAUAAGGGAAAAACUGUUUCUCUCUCUUUUGGGUCACUUCUAUGCUGUAGAAGUGGCUUUUCUUCAACUUCAAGUUCAACAACAGAAAAAGAAAAAAACAGUGAUGAACUUAGCAAAAACAGUUCAGGAUCAGCCAAGAAACCAGGAGGAUGGAAGGCUAUGCCUUUUAUUUUAGGGAAUGAAACGUUUGAGAGGUUUGCAGCAUUUGGUUUGUUUGCUAACUUCAUGGUGUAUUUGACAAGAGAGUUUCAUUUGGAUCAAGUUUAUGCUUCAAACAUUCUCAACAUAUGGAGUGGUAUUACCAACUUUUUCCCUUUGAUUGGCGCCUUCAUUUCUGAUGCAUAUAUUGGUCGCUUUCGGACUAUAGCCUUUGCUUCCUUUUCUUCACUCCUGGGGAUGACCGUGGUGACUUUAACCGCGUGUUUAGCACAGUUGCAUCCUCCACCAUGCAGUCCUGAACAACAAGCACUGAACCAAUGUGUUAAAGCCACCACACCCCAUGUGAGUGUUCUUCUUACGGGGCUUUGCCUUUUGAGCAUAGGCUCUGCUGGCAUAAGGCCAUGUAGCAUCCCCUUUGGUGUCGACCAAUUCGAUGCCACCACAGAUGAAGGGAAGAAAGGGAUCAACAGCUUCUUCAAUUGGUACUACACCUCUUUCACAAUUGUGUUGUUGAUCACUCAAACAGUGGUUGUGUACAUCCAAGACUCCAUUAGUUGGAAGAUAGGUUUCGCCAUCCCAACCGUGUGCAUGUUUUGCUCCAUCAUCUUGUUCUUCGUGGGAACAAGGAUCUACGUGCAUGUGAAGCCUGAGGGAAGCAUUUUCUCUAGCAUUGGGCAAGUUCUAGUGGCUGCUUAUAGAAAGCGAAAAUUUGAGCUUCCGAGUGGGAAGCAAGUUGAUGGGGUUUUCUAUGAUCCUCCACUUAGUGGGACUCAGAUUUUGUCAAAGCUUCCGUUCACCAACCAAUUCCGGACUUUGAAUAAAGCAGCUAUAAUAAUGGAGGGGGAACUAAACCAAGAUGGGAGUAGGGUAAAUGAGUGGAAACUUGUGAGCAUCCAGCAAGUGGAAGAGGUUAAAUGUUUGGCAAGAAUUUUCCCAAUCUGGGCUGCUGGGAUCCUUGGUUUCACUUCCAUGGCCCAACAAGGAACAUUUACUAUCUCACAAGCACUGAAAAUGGACAGGCACCUAGGACCCAAAUUCCAAAUCCCACCUGGCUCACUUUCAGUCAUAUCAUUCAUGACCAUAGGUUUGUGGGUCCCAUUCUAUGACAGAGUCAUGGUGCCAGCACUCAGAAGAGUCACUAAGCAUGAAGGGGGCAUCACUCUCCUCCAGAGAAUUGGAAUUGGCAUGGUGUUCUCCGUUCUGUCCAUGAUUGCUGCUGCAUUAGUGGAGAAAGUGAGAAGAGAUUUGGCAAAUUCAAAUCCAAAUCCAAAUCCUUUGGGCAUUGCCCCCAUGUCAGUCCUGUGGCUGGCUCCACAAUUAGUCCUUAUGGGCAUGUGUGAGGCCUUCAAUAUAAUUGGACAAAUUGAGUUCUACAACAGGCAAUUUCCUGAGCACAUGAGAAGCAUUGCUAAUGCCUUGUUCUCAUGUUCUUUUGCUGGGUCUAGCUAUGUUAGCAGUGCAAUAGUCACUGCUGUUCAUCAUGCCACUAGAACACAUAGCCAUCCAGAUUGGUUGACCAAUAAUAUCAAUGCUGGCAGACUGGACUACUUUUACUAUCUCAUAGCAGGAAUUGGAGUCCUCAACUUGAUUUAUUUUCUCUAUGUGGCUCAAAGGUAUCAUUACAAGGGAAGUGUUGACCUCCUAGAUAAAGCUCAAGAUAUGGAGUUAGCUUCAAAAGGAGAAUUAGAUUACUAUAGUGCUAGGUAUGAAGAUUCUAAAUAAAUAGGAGGAAGAAAAAUAAAUAUAUAUACAUCUAUGUUAAUUAGUAUAUAUGUCUAUCUUUUCCUUGGUAGUACUGGACUAUGUAACAGGUUUCAAUCUAUCAAUUUUCUAGUUAGGGUAAAUAAUUUAUGCACUGAUAAUGUAAAAACUUAUAUAUUAUUAUUUAAUCACAGAGAGUUAUAUGUAUCGUAAGCUUA